AUGAAGGGAUUACCGGCAGGAGUGGGCUCAUUGACGGAGCUUGGAAGGGUUAAAGUGCAGGAAGGGCUGGUUAGGUCUCGCGUGAGGAUAGCUAGGACGUCGUGGGAGAUAAGUCCCAAGCCCUUGAUAGUUGAUAUAAAACUUAGCAACCUAAUUAACGCAGGAUUCCGCUCCAGCUCACAAGGCCAGAUCAACUCAGCAGUGGCUGUAAAAGAACAUUCCAGAGUUCGUCUCUUCCUCGGAUUGGCCAUCAGAAGCCCUGAUCUCAACCCACUAGAUUAUCUAUCGGCUUUGGACCGAACUGGAGAGGAUGACAUGCCACAGAGGAGACCCUAA